UUUUUCUGUUACGUCGUUGACGCUUGGCUUUGCUUUGCGUUGGUAUUGAUGUGGAUUUGGAUUGUAAUGUUUUGUUUUGUCACACGCGAAUAACUAAGUUAUAAAUGUAUUAAUUUGAAUAUAUUUACCGCUGAAGAUAUCAUUGGCCAUUGAUAGCUAUAUAAUUUAUAUUAUUUUAGAUGAAGCGUCAUAAGCUACGUGUGGGGUUGUUAAUUUUAGAAGUCAAACGUGAAGCGUAACAGGAAAGUUUAGUGUAAAUGCACUGAUUUUUACUAUUUGUGUUGUGGUGUGUUUAAUGUUAUGAUGUCUACUAGAAGCGGUAGAGUAAGACAGAGUUUGAUAGAACCUUCGCCUCGUUCGCGUAAGGGUAUUUCACCAUCACGAUCUCCUGCUAGGUCUAGAAAAAGUUCUCCUGCUACGCGCUCAUCGAUCCAAAAAUCCCCAUCUCGUAAAUCGCCUACUAGAAAAUCGCCUGCUCGUAAAACUAAAAACACGGCUUCAAAGUCACCGUCGAGACCAGUCAAAGAAACCGAGACUGCUACAGUAAGUACACCAAGUAAACGGCAAUCUCUGAGGUCAAAUGUAGAGAUUAAAUUAUCUGAUAUAGGCGAUAAGGAGCUCUAUCGGACUACACGUUCACGUCUUAUUGAAUAUUCAAUAGGAGAUCUGCAAUCUAAUGCAACAGAAUCUAACUUGAUAGUAGAUGAUCAUAAAAAUGGUUUCGAAUCUAGCUUUACUACGUUCAGUGACUAUAACUUCCGCAUUCGUAAACCUCUUGAAGUACCACAACGCAUGUCCAGGAGAUUACAACAGUUUGCAGACAGUUCAGACAGACGAAGCAUCAGUAAAUCAAUCAGUGAGAGAAGUAAAUCAAUUAGCAAGUCUAUAAGCAAAUCCAUUGGUACAAUAUCAGACGAAGAGAAUUCAGAAGAUGAACUCCCCAGAAGGAAAUCUACAUCUGUCACAAGACGAUUAGCAACACCACUAAGGGCAAGUGUAGCAAAAUUGUUGCCAGUUAAUAAGAAAUUUGAAUUUGGAGGCAAAAUGGGUCCAAUAUUAUUAAUAAUAUUAAUACCUUUGACUGUAUUUUUUAUAUUAAUGUCCGGUUCUAAACUCUGUUCACACAGUCAUCUUCAUGAUUUGUCUAAAUUUAAGUCUAUUAAUAUUUGGUUCAAUUACGAGUCAGUAGUACUUCUUGGAGUUCAGUACUUAAUUCAGGCUUUGCUUGUCAUUUUGCCUGUUUUCGGCCAAACCAACAAAGACAAUGAUAAAGGAAAGAAGCAGUGUUUUAAUGCAUUUUUCUCUACUAUACUUACUACUAUCAUCUUGUUUUCUUUAAAUUAUAUAAAGAAAGUAAAUGUUGAUGCUAUAAUGAAGUUAUAUUUGAGUUUAGCGGCUACAUCAUAUAUUGCUAGUGUUUUAGUUGCCUUAUUUCUAUAUGUCAAGAGCAGGAAAAUGGACUCGGAAUUAUUAAACCCAUAUGGGAACACAGGAUAUUUUAUAAAUGACUUUUUUGUUGGAAGAGAAAUUCAUUCAUUUAUAAAAAAAUUUAACAUUAAACUAUGGGUUUCCCGAGUAUGCAACAUAAAUACUCUUAUUCUAUCGAUACUUAUUUUCAAAUGUGGCUUUCAACUACCAACAACAGACAUUCAAAUGCUUUCGUUGGAAAACCUCAAGGAGUUUAUAAGUAAAGUGCACUACAAACCCACUAUUGUGCUAUACUCAAUGAUGCAAAUAAUAUACAUAUUGAAUUAUAUCUUAAAAGAGCAUAAAAUAACAUCAACUUUCUACUGGCAAUCUGAAGGGUUAGGGUAUCUGCAGAUAGUUUGUAGCGCCCUCUAUCCUUUCUAUUUCACAAGUAUAUCUAAAUAUGUAGUUGAUGUUGAAUUAGAGAUGUCUACUAAUGCAUUAGUUGCCGCAUUAACACUGUUCCUGUUGGGAUUCCUUAUAAUGCUUAUAAGUAACAAUAUUAAACACGAAUUCCGGAAAAAUCCAUUCCAUCCUAAUGUUACAUGUUUAGAUUCAAUGCCUACGUUCCACGGCAACAAGCUGCUGGUAUCCAACCUUUGGGGAACUCUUCGUCAUCCAAACUACACUGGUGAUAUCAUAAUACAUAUAGCGUUUGCUUUACCAGGCAUUAUUACUAAGAAACCUAUAGCAGCAUUGCCUGCAGUGCUAACUAUGUUCGUUUUAUUACAUCGUGCAUGGCGUGACCAUAACAGAUGUUUACAACGCUAUGGAUCUGCCUGGCAACGUUACUGCAAGAGAGUGCCUUCGGUGAUUAUACCUAAGAUAUUAUAAUUGUCAUUAGAGUAAGCUCUCAUGGCUGAAUGACGACAAUUACUUUGACAAGCUAUAUUUUUACAGUACUACGUUUCUAGAUAGUACGAGCAAGUCUGAGAGCUCAGUAUAAUAUAUCAAUAGACAGAUGUUACAUACUCUGAAAAUAAUUAUUUGCAAUUAUGUUUAAAAGAUUGUAGGGAUGCAAUCGUAAUGUCUGCUCUAUAACUAUUUUUGUAUUUUGUAAUCUCUAUGGCAAUCGUCAUUUGAUCAACUUUGAAUUAUUUGACAUUUAUUUAUGUUUGCUAUUUGAUAUAGCUGGUUUUUCUAUGUUUUUGUAAAGUAUUUUUAGUUAGCACCAAAUAUGAAAGAUUGAAUGAGUUAUGGUCUUUCAGCACAAUUUACUUAGCAGUUGUUAAAACUGUACUUAGUGUUAUGCUAUAUUUUUUAUAACUGGUAUAUUUUGUUUAGGAGGUUUUAAAUUACUUUGACUACAAAUUAUACUUUUUUGAUGUUAUUAGAAAAUUGGACUAUAACAGUCAAUAAUGGAUCACUCUAACGUCUUUUUUUCUAAAAGAAAACAGUGAAAACAGCCUUACAAAUAAACGCGGUAAAAUUUAAACUUAGUAAUAAACUGGGU